AUGUCCGGUGUACAGCCUGCGUGCUACCCCCGCCUUCUUAGCCCGCGUGAUAACGACCUCACCAGAGCCGAGGCGACACAGCCUGGAUGGAGUGGACAGAAGCGUCAAGCCGACUCUCUUAAUCUAACACCUCCCUACUACUACUGCCACAAAAACCGUCGCGGAUACAUUUGGCCGCCGCCGGGGGUGGCGCUGUGCUCGGUGCCAGUGACGAAUCCCCCGGCCAAAGUGAAGAACAUGCAUUCGGGCAGGCAGGCGCUGGCCGCCCCAAGGUAA